CACCGGUGUCUAUAUCAGCACCAAUGGCAUCCCGAGGCAGGAGUGGGGGGGUGCGCGCUGCACCUACCACACGGGGUGACACCGGACCCCCUCCAUGAAAAGGUAAGUUGUAAAGCAAGCCGACGAUCCCCGCAGGAUGGAUCGGAUCUGCGGAUUGAGCAUAAUGGAUCAGACUCCGAUCCAUUAUGCUCCCCAAUCUGCAGAUCCAAUCCAUCCUGCGGGGAUCGUCGGCUUGCUUUACAAUUUACCUUUUCGUGGAGCGGGUCCGGUGUCACCCCGUAUAGGUUGCAUGCCGAUGAUCCCCGCAGGAUGAAUGGGAUCUGCGGAUUG